GAUACACCAAGAUUGGCUGCGGAUCAGCCAGAGAACGAAGGCAGUCUCUCUCUCUCUCUCUCUGUUGCACACAACACACACACACACACAUACACACACACACACACACACACACACGCAUACACUCAAAACUCGGACUGGCCGCACCGCGGCUGCUCCAAUCCUUGCAAAAGGCGAGCGAGCGCCCUCAGGACCGCGGCGCUCAACCCCGCUCAGUCUCUGCGCCCGACGCGGCGCUAGUCCCCGUGCCCAGCGCGGCAACUUCGGCCGGGUGUUCCCGAAAAUAAAGCGGGGAGGGAGGGUACAGACAGAUCCGAAAACACCCCGGCCACACACGCCGCGACUUCAACUCUUUCUUGGGGUCCGAGUGGAGACUGCGCCGGCAGCGCCCUGCGCUCGUGAGGUCCGCGCCGCUGCCGGGGAAGAGCCCACCUGCCGGUCCGCGAUCGACCGGCGAAAAAAGUGCGGCUGGUCGCUGUCCUGCUCAGCAGCGUCCGGGCUCCGGGCGCCCUCGCCCAGCCCGUUGGGAGUUCAACCUUCCUGUCUGCCGCCGGCCCCGCGCGCCGCAGAGGGACCCCCCAGGACGCAGCAGCGGACGCGGACCUCGCUAUGGCUGGGGCGCGCAGAUUGCUCCGUCUAUGGCUGGGCUGCUUGUGCGUGAGCCUGGCGCACGGGCAGAGACUCAAGCAGCAUUUCCCGGAGCUCCGCGAGCCUGUGCCAGGCGACCGCACGGCAGGGGGCGGCCCAGACCCCCUCCCGCAGCCGCUCGACAAGGUGUCAGAGCACAUGCUGCGGCUCUACGACAGGUACAGCGGCGGCGGCAGAGCCGAGGCGGCGCGGACACCGGGGUCCUCGGAGCGGGGCUCGCCGCCUCGGCUCCCCCAGCCCCUGCGCGAGGGCAACACGGUUCGCAGCUUUCGAGCAGCAGGGACCCUUGAAAAUGAGAAACUGCAUAUUUUUAACCUGACUUCUCUAACCAAGUCUGAAAACAUUUUAUCUGCCACACUGUAUUUCUAUAUUGGAGAGCUAAUAAAUAUCAGCCUGAGUUGUCCUGUGUCCCAAGGAUGCUCACAUCAUACCCAAAGGAAACACAUUCAGAUUGAGCUCUCUACAUGGAUCCUCAAAUCCACCGGAAACCAAAGUCAACUCCUGGGUCAUCUUUCAGUAGAUGGAGCGAAACUUCAUCAAGAUUUUGUUUCCUGGUUGUCUAAAGACAUCACUCAACUUUUGAGGAAAGCCAAAGAAAAUGAGGAGUUCCUCAUAGGAUUUAACAUUACUUCCAAAGGACACCAGCUGCCAAAGAAGAUAACACCCUUUCUUGAGCCUUAUAUCUUGGUCUAUGCCAAUGAUAUUGCAAUUUCUGAGCCCGAGAGUGUGGUAUCAAGCUUGCAAGGACACCGGAAUUUCCCCACUGGAGCUGUGCCCAAACUGGAUAGCCAUAUCAGGGCUGCCCUUUCUACUGAACGGAGGAAGAAGCGCUCUACUGGGGUCCUGCUACCUCUGCAGAACAAUGAGCUUCCUGGGGCAGAAUAUCAGUAUAAGGAGGAUGGGGUAUGGGAGGAGAGAAAACCUUACAAGACUCUUCAGACUCAGCCCCCUGAAAAGAGUAAGAACAAAAAGAAACAGAGAAAGGGACCUCACCAGAAGAGCCAGACACUCCAGUUUGAUGAACAGACCCUGAAGAAGGCGAGAAGAAAGCAAUGGAUUGAACCUCGCAAUUGUGCCAGGCGGUACCUUAAAGUGGACUUUGCAGAUAUUGGCUGGAGUGAAUGGAUUAUCUCCCCCAAGUCCUUUGAUGCCUAUUAUUGCUCCGGAGCAUGCCAGUUCCCCAUGCCAAAGUCUUUGAAGCCAUCAAAUCAUGCUACCAUCCAGAGUAUAGUGAGAGCUGUGGGCGUCGUUCCUGGGAUUCCUGAGCCUUGCUGUGUGCCAGAAAAGAUGUCCUCGCUCAGCAUCUUAUUCUUUGAUGAAAAUAAGAAUGUGGUACUUAAGGUAUAUCCAAACAUGACGGUAGAGUCUUGCGCUUGCAGAUAACCCGGCAAAGAACUCAUCUGAAUGCUUAAUUCAAUCAUUAGUUUAUUUUUAUGGACUUUUAUUUUUUUUGGCACUGCCAAUGCCUUUCAUUUCAAAAGAUUUUGUAAUAGUCAAAAGAGAAUGAGUAAAUAGACUGAUGAUUUCCACCAGGGAGAACUGGACUAUAUCUGUUUCUGAAUGUAACUCAAAGCAAGAUUUUAGAACAUAUGGACAUCUCUUUCUUUAAAAAAAAAAAAAAUCACGCAAGAAAAGUGAUCAAACUGUUUUUAGAACUAUUAGAGAACACACUGAUUUAUUUUUGUAAUGGGCUUUGAAAAUAGAUUGGAAAAACCCAAGAGCUUAUCACUGAUCUCUGCUCAUAGAGAAUAGAAUCAUUUCAUAUCUUAAAGUAGGCUUAUUGCCUUAGAUUCCUGAGCAACGCAGCAAGUGCUAAAUAAUUCAAUCAGCUCUGAUAUUUAUCUUAAAAUUUGUGGAGACUUGUUUACCUGUGUUUGUCUCUACAGGUCAUCGUGUGACUAGCUGAGGGCAGAGUGUAUGCUGUCAGUGUAGAUGGACGUGAGCACAUUGCCAGGGGCCUGUGCCCUCUUUAGGAAGGUUUGCUUAACAUGGAUUUAUAAUUCAGUCUGCACAGGAUUCUUGUUUUUUUUCAUUUCAUGUUCUGGCAAGCACCAUUCAGUUAUGAGAACUUUACCAAAAAGAAUAGACUGAUCCAAAAGCAUAUGCAGAGAGUUACCACUUGGCUCAGCCAUUUAUUUGGAAAUACUGAUGUUUUCAUUUCAUGGCUUCCCAGGAAAGGGAACCAGCAACCCAAUUUUCAACAACCCAGACGUAAUUCUUCUUCCAUAUCUAUUUUCCGUGAGUGCUUUCAUUUGUUCUUUUAAAUGGAACUUAAAAAUUCAGUUAAAUGUUUAAUUCUCUUGUUAUGCCUUUACUUCCUAUGAAGUAAUCAGUAGAUGCCAAGGCUCAGAAGUGGAGGGAAUGUUGGAGGUUUCUUUAAGUGACCAAUCUAAUCACAAUCACACGUUCGAUAUCGUUGUUCAGCCACGUCCAGGUCCAGGCACUUUUUCACAUGGAUCAAGGCCUUUGGCUCAGACGGGGAAUCUACAUUUUAGCAAAACUCACUAAGAAUUAUCCAACAAGAAUGGGAGUCAAAUAUAGACACUUCUUGGUGCUUUCCCAAUUCUACUUGUCAUCAAUAUCUCCUCUUACACUUUAGCCUUCAAGAAAUUGUUUCAAAAAUCUUUUCCUCACUAUAUUUAUGCGUGUGACAGAAAUGUUUUCAGACCAUGGAUUGUUGCUGAUAUUCUAUCUGUGGUUAAUCCUUAUCUCAGUUCAGUCUGACCUGAUUAGAGUCAACUAAGCCAUUUCAGAGGCUGUGAAGUGUCAGAAGACACGGGGUUUUGUUCUGUCUCUGCCUAUAGCUAUCUAUGGUGGUUCAUAAUUUAAUAAAUACUAAUUGAGCAUCUACUUUCUGAAAGACAUGUGUUAACUUCAGUGUCUUCACUGAUAAAAUAAAGAGGUUGACUAGUUGAGCUGGAAGUUCUUCCUGCCACCGAAAGCUUGGAUUUACAAUGCAGUACUCGCUAUGUCACACACAUCUUCCUUGAAUGGAUGGUAGCAAUAGAGCUUAAAAACACUGCAAGUAUAGCUAUUCAUAAACCAAAGGAAAAAGCAUCCUACUCUUCAGUGUUUAUGAGUGAGUAUGGCAUCCUCCAUGGUUUAAGUAGUAUUUCUAUCUUAUUGGAAACCCAUUAAAAAAGUACCAUGAAAAGAAGUUUUUGACACUUCUGGAGUGUGUGUUGACACCAUGAAUGAGACACACCUGUUCUAAAUAAUGAAUUAAGUCUUGGUGCCUGAGUUACUAUGGUUUCUUCCAGUCAUUUUUUGUUCUGGUAGCAUAAAGUUAAAGAUUCAAAAUGAGACAAGGGAUGACGUUAUUUUUUACUAACUUUUAUCAAAAAUUUGAAAGCAAAAUUAUAUAAUAGAAGUGAGGCAGUGUGUGCCUGCCCUAUCCUGGUCAGAGUGUCUUUCAAUAAAGAAAACUUUUCUUUCAUUGGUAGAUUGAAAUGAAAUUCUUAAUUUAGUUUUUUCUAGAAAGGUAUCAACCAAAACCUCUAGCAAUGCCCAGUUGUACUUAUCAGUCUUCUUCUAUCCUGAUGUCUGUUUGUUACCUUUCUUCAUUUAAAUUGAUGCCCACUUGUCACAGAUUAAAUCCUACAAUGGCCAAAAAAAAGAAAUUCUCUAAAUAAUAUUUUAUCUUUAAGAACAAUUGACAUGACAAAAUUACAACACAAUGAAAGAGUCUGAGCAGUAGUUAUUUCUCGGUGACCUUGUAACCAUCAUUUUCUACUGUAUUGAGCAAAUAUUAUGGUUUAAAUGGGAAAAUGUUUAGUCCCCCAAAGUAAAGGAAGAUUACUUUUCAAGGGGUUGAAGUAGGGGUUGAAAUAAAUGAGUUAAUAUUUUAAUUAAUAAAAAUUUACACGAAAUAGUUGGAAAAUUGAGUGAUUAUUUCAUAAUUUGUUAGGUACUAGUAUCUAUAUAGUUACUAUAUAAACUUUUUAUAAAUGUCUUGAUAUUAAAGUGGCAUUAAUGAGAAGGGAAAUUAUAUUUAUAAUGCCAUUUCCUAAAUCAUGCCUCUUUCUUUUCCUCUCUCUUUCUCUUCCAACCACCCUCCCACCCCCAUUCCUACAUAUGAGACACACACACACAGUUAGUUAAAAAUGAUUUUUUUUUCAGUAACUGUUCUCUUGAAUUCAAAUUCAGGGACUGCUGAUGUCGAUAUAGUAUUUUCAAAGUUUUUUGUUGUAACCUGUGUAAAUAAUAUGCAAUUUACAGGAUUUGGGGUUGUAGAAUUUAAACUGGAAGAUUGGACUCCCCAGAUCUCAGGACUACAAUAUUCCAGAUCAAUUUUGACACUUACCUAGCUAUAUAUUAACUGAUGAUCAUUUAUUCAUUAAGCUAAGAUUUUUUACCUUAACAUUUCUGAAAAAAAUAAAAUAAAACCUUUUUGCCCAUUUAUUAUUUUCAUAGACAGUCAUAUGUGUAUAAUACUAUUAUCAGUCUGGCUUAUAAAAAUUUUUUAUAUAAUUUCAUUUUUCAGUUUAGUCUUUCACUUUUCUCUGUGCUAGCAAGUAAGAAAUGUCUGGAUAUUGACUUGGUUGUAUCAAGGCUGGGUUAAAAAAUAGUUUUGCACACCUGAUGUGUAAGAUUAAAUAUGAGAUUAAAUACGAUACCUUGGGUAAGUCUGACUUCUCUGUAUAUCUUUUUUCCCUUGAGAAUUGUAUUUUAAUGUAGUUUAUAGGUGCUUAAAUGAUCCCCUUUUCCUAAAAACCAAGCUUUCCCUUCGGCUUUCCACAGUAGUUUCUGUAAAUGUUUUAGUUGAGAACUGAAUGCUUGUACAGUCGAUGGCAAUUUUGAAAAUAUAACUUAUAUAUGUAUAUGGAAAAACUUUAAAGAUGCUUUUAAUUUAUUUAAUGACUGUUGCCUUCCUAUCUACAAUGGUAAUAAUUUUCGUACUUAGAUGGUGAGAAAAAGUUCUUUUUACUACAAUUAUUACAUGCAAAAUGACAUUUGGUUCUUCAGUACAUUUGCUAAAGGGGCGUAUUGCAGUGAAACUGUGAAGGACGCUUCACUACUGAUGUGUAAGCUUUGCUGGCUUUGUAUCACUUUCCUCCAGUAAUGGAGAGCUUUUCACUAUACAGUUUGGAAAUAAAAUUGCUUAACUGAACGCC